CUGAUAUGCAAAGGCUCGAGGUAAUUACUAUGAGCUGGCUUUCGUAAAACCUCGGUGCUCCUAAAUAUUGCCGAUGAAAAAUGAAGAUUUAGCAAAGUUUAUCCAACUCCGCGAUGGUAUCAACGUUCUACCGUUGCUAGGAUCGAACCGGAAACCUCAACCCGACCUGGAAGCGCGGAUGCCGGAGAAGCUGGCGGAGGAGGGACCGAUGAAUGAAUCUCCACGAGACGAGAUGAAGGCCAACGCGGCUGCUGCGAAGAUUCAGGCUGGUUUUCGAGGAUAUCGAGUGCGCAAGCAGCUGAAGGAGUCGAAGAAACCUACCGACCAGGAUCUAGGGUCUCAAAAGUCGGAGAGUCCUCGCUCUCUGAAGCGCCAGGACACGAGGACAUCCUUGGAGGAGAAAUCGGCGACCAAAAUUCAAGCCGGGAUCCGCGGCUUCCUGGUGAGGAAGAGGCAACAAAACGCCCAGGCUGCCGCCACGAGGAUUCAGGCUGGAUUCCGCGGAUUUCUCACCAGGAAACUUCUCAAGCAAAACGGACAGUGACUUGAAAUCGAGUUUUCGGUGUCACGAGAUUCCAUUAACGGAAUCCGUUCACCUGGUUAUCGAAGGACUGACGAAUCGGUUCGGUCGAUGCGUCUGCGCGGCCACGAUGGUCCAGCGAGACCGCCAAUGUUAAGUGUAGAAAUUGGAAUACCGUGUCUUCGCCAGCUUGUAUCGUUGUAUCGAUGAAAUCUAAGUAGGAAUUUUCAUUGACCGCCCGGCAGGCAAGGCGACCUUCAUCGAAAAUCUAUCGCAAAUGACGAAAUCGUGGCGAUGAUCAUCGUGGAACCUAGAUCGAAACGUGGAGUGUACAUAGAAAUCUGGUCGUAGAAACAAUCGUCGAGUUUUGGAAACGUCCAAAUGUGUAGGUAUUGUUAAAUCGGAAUGAUCCCGAUAAAAACUUUCAUAACACGUUAAGACUCGGGCGAAUCGUUUAGGCGUCGACUUUACGGACUCCUAAGGAUGACUAAAAAUUGCAAACGCUUGUCUUUUAGCUUGUCGCCAAGAACGCUGCGUAGAUGCACGUCGAAGCGAACAGCAUUGACCCAGUUAGAACGCAUUGGGCAAGCCUUUCCUGGGUUUCAUCGUCUGCCAGUUCGGCCAUCUCUUCGGCGACAGGAUGCGGAACGUCACGGAAAGACCGGAUCGAUCACGGUCCAUUCUUCGAACCUACGUGACGUUUACGGACAUCUCGUGCACGUGCCUUCAAACCGCAAGAGGAACGUGGAGACAACCUGGAAUUUAACCAAAGACCGCCUCACCGCAGGUACUAUCUCCAACGAGUAUUCUAUUCGUAACGAAAUUGCGAAAAUAUUCUACUAGCAACGGAAUGGCAAAAAACAACUCUAUUCGAAAAAAAUCGGCGAACACGUGCUCGCCAGAAUUUUCAAGUCGAAGAGUUCCCGACGUACCGGAUGGAGUGCAAGACGAUGCAACAAGUGCAUUAUACUAGGAAAGAAUUUACUGAGGAAUUAAUUAGUCCAUUCGUCGGAUCGCCGAUCCAGCGUAAGUUGAGAAGGGUGGAAGGAAAUCCCCUAGGUAGAGCUUGCGAUAGAUCUCGCGGUCGAAAUUUCAGAGAAAGAGGCUGCCUUCUAGUGGAAAGCGACAUUCCUAGGAUAAGGGCGCGAUCGGACCUCGGGGCAAUCGGCUUGCAGUCAGGACCGAGCCUUAAUCGGAAUGCAUCUCGAGAUCGCGCUCGUUGCUUGCGUUUCUAUUUUUCUAACGUUUCCUUUGCCGCUUCUUAACCUUCCACAGAUUUAAGGGAGAGUGAAAGUGCCGAUUCUUUACGUAACUAUUAGACGGAGGAAGAUGUAACCGUACAUUAAAGGAAAGGUACACGCGUGAACGUGGCGGUAAACGGACAUAUAUCUACAUAGAUGGACUUUGGUUAAACAUUCUCCAUCAAUUUGUACAUACUUUUGUAUCAUACGUAAGGUGUAAUCUAAAUAAACCACAUACAUGUAUCCGUUAA